AAAUUACGAUUGUUCUUUUUUAGGAUGUGAAGAGUAAUAUUAGUUACUUUUAGAACAAAAACGAAAAUGAAAACAAAGGGAACAAAUUCCUCAAUUAGGUUGGGAAGUGAUUCAUUUCACUUGGAAUAUGUUUAUUGAUAUCCCCAGUAAUUCGUUUGGUGCCUAAAAUAUCUAUAGACACCAUGGAAAAAUUAAUUAAGGUGCACUGUAAAAGAAUCAACAACGAUAAUAAAUUGAAAAAAUUACAAUAAAAUAAAAGAUUCAGUUGGAUAGAUACUUUGAUUUGCCAAUAUAAAUAGGUGUACCCAUAUUCCUACACUUCCAAACAACAGAGAUAUAGUUGUUCAUAAGAUUCUCUCUCUCCCAUUCAAGCAUUUUUGCUGCCAAAUUAGCUUGAAGAACAUCAUCAUCAAGAGAAAAAUCAAACCAAAAAAAAAAAAAAAAAAAGAAAAAGAAAAAGAAAGAAUAAAAAGAUGAUGAUGAUGAUGAUGAAGAACCGAUCAUGUGUUAGUUUCCUUAAAAGCUCCAAACCUUAUUUAGCCAUGAUGUCUUUGCAGUUUGGGUAUGCUGGAAUGAACAUCAUCACAAAAGUGUCACUAAACCAUGGAAUGAGCCAUUAUGUGCUUGUUGUUUAUCGCCAUGCAUUUGCAACCGCUGUCAUUGCUCCUUUGGCUUUCUUCUUUGAAAGGAAGGAGCAACCGAAGAUAACAUUUCCAAUAUUCAUGCAAAUAUUUGUUCUUGGCCUUCUUGGGCCAGUGAUUGACCAAAACUUUUACUACGCUGGACUGAAAUUAACAUCGCCCACAUUUUCUUGUGCCAUGAGUAACAUGCUGCCGGCCUUGACCUUUAUAAUGGCCGUUAUAUGCAGGAUGGAGGAUAUACACAUAAAGAAGGUGAUAUAUCAAGCAAAAAUCCUAGGAACAUUGGUAACUGUGGCGGGGGCGAUGCUGAUGACUUUGUACAAAGGACCCAUUGUGGAAAUGGUUUGGUCCAAACAUGUCCAUUCUCGAAAGUCCUACGUCUCCGGCCCCGACGGUACGACGUCGUCCGAUAAGGAUUGGUUCGUUGGUUGCAUCCUUCUCAUCAUCGCCACUGUCGCUUGGGCUGCCUUCUUCAUUUUGCAGAAAGUUGCCCUAAAAACGUAUGAGAAGCACCAGCUGUCGCUUACAUCAAUGGUGUGCUUCAUGGGAACUCUACAAUCCAUAGCCACUUUCGUGAUGGAACACAAAUCUUCGGUUUGGCGUAUCGGUUGGGACAUGAAUCUCCUGGCUGCUGCUUAUGCGGGGAUUGUGACAUCUAGCUUAUCAUAUUAUGUUCAAGGGGUGGUGAUGAAGACCAAAGGUCCAGUUUUUGCAACUGCUUUUAGUCCACUAAUGAUGAUUAUUGUGGCUAUUAUGGGCUCAUUUAUUCUUGCUGAAAAGAUAUAUCUUGGAGGGGUCAUGGGUGCUGCAUUGAUCGUUGUCGGACUUUACGCAGUUCUUUGGGGAAAAUACAAAGAAGGAAAGGAAAAGGAGCAGGAAAACAAAUUACUGGAAUUACCACAGGUUGUAAGAGAUAUUGCUCAAGUGACGGCCACAGAUCACUUCGAAAUGGAAAAAGAAAAUGUUACUGAUAACACAGAAAUGAAGAAACGCGAAUCUAAGGAAAGUUCUCAAACUGCAUAAAUUUCAACAUGGAGUACUACUAGAAAUUAAUAUUAUCAUAGAUCGUUUUUAUUUUUCGAUAAUUAUGGUCAGAAGUUUUUCCAAAUUUUGUAAUCUCCCCCUGUCCUUGAUUAAUUUUUAAGGAUUAUACGGAGGAUCAUUUUGUAAAUCUGAUCAAUUAAUUAAGUUUGGUGUUUUUGGCUGAAUGCAAGCAAGAAUGUGUGACGUAUUAAUCGAUGGAAUGAGUCCCCAGUGAUUUUGAUUAAGGUAUAAGUUAUACCAUUUAAAAAUCUUUGUGGCAUG